AUGAUACAGAACACAUUUGUUGCAACUGCAGUGUUGGCAACGAUCAUACUCUGUAGCAGCAUGGUGACUGUUAGCUCAGUCGUCAUUCGCCCAAACAAUGACAAUCAAGACAAAUGUGAUGGUGGAAGGAUGUACAUUGCAGAGUCUAUUCCACUUUUUGUCAACUUGACUACUAAUGUGUCGACUUAUGAUGCUUGGAUGUCAUUGAUCAAUAAUGCUCAGGAGACUAUAGAUCUUGGAUUGUUCUAUAUGACAUUGACGGAUGGAGCAUCAUACCCAUCAGAGUAUGGUGGAUACAUGGGAACCAACUUUUACAAGGCACUGAUCACUGCCGCCAACCGUGGCGUCAAGAUUAGAAUCGUUCAGAAUGAGCCCAGUGCCAGCAUGCCAGCCAACGACACUGAGGCACUGGCUGCAAUGGGUGCCGCUCAAGUACGCACCAUCAACUGGGAGGCCUUGGUUGGCGCUGGUAUCCUUCAUACCAAGAUGAUUGUUGUCGACAGGAUUAAUGCCUACGUUGGAAGUGCCAACUUUGACUGGCGCUCACUGGCACAGGUCAAGGAACUUGGUGUGAUCGUCGAGAACUGCAAGAGUUUGGUCGAGGACACCAGGGUCGCAUUCGAGCAAUACUGGGAUGCCGCCAACAUGUCCCAAUUGCCACCAAAGUGGCCAGCAAAGGAUGAUGCCAAGUACAAUCAAACACAUCAGGCUCAACUCAACUUGAAUGGACAGGACGUCUCGAUGUUCUUGGCCGUGUCCCCACCAGAGUUUGUCUCGAAGCACAGAUCUGGAGAUAUUGAUGCUUUGGUCGCAGCCAUCAACGCAGCCAAUCAAUCAGUGUGUAUCUCUGUUAUGGACUACGCCCCAACAUCAUUCUACAACUAUCCCAACACCUUUUGGCCAGUGAUUGACAAUGCACUCAGAGCCGCUGCCUUCAACCGCCACGUCAGUGUCAGAAUGCUCAUCAGUCAUUGGAACAGCACCAACAUGAAGAUCAUCCCUCAGUUCUUGCACUCACUGGAUGCCGUCACCAACAUUGACGUGAGAUGGUUCCAGAUUCCUGACCUACCUUUCGAGCCCCAAGUCCCAUACACUCGUGUCAAUCAUGCCAAGUACAUGGUGACCGAGCAACAAUCCUAUGUUGGCACAUCCAAUUGGUCCGAAGACUACUUCACCAACACCGGAGGACUGAGCUACAACAUCAUCAACGCCGACUUUACCGCACAGCUCCAGUCCAUCUUUAACCGUGACUGGGAUUCACCCUACGCCCUUCCAGUAUCCACCUGGUAA